GAGAGAGAGAGAGAGAGAGAGAGAGAGAGAGAGAGAGAGAGUUUAGAAAGGAACUCCAAAAACCCAUAGAGAAAAUAAAAAACCAAAAAACUACCUAGUUUAUAGAGAGAAAAACGGCGGAAGAAAACAUGAGAAAAUGUACUAGACCAUCUUUCUGGUCAUUUUUCGGCUGGACCAAACAGAAAUUAAGCAGCACUACUACAAGUAAAACUAGUGAUGAUUCUCUACAGAAAGCAUUGGUGGAAAACGACGACGUUUAUUUGUCAUCUCCCAGCGCCAUUUCAAAAAAGCCUGGUUGGAAGGCCGUGCCUUACAUCUUAGGAAAUGAAGCGAUUGAAAGAUUGGCGACGUUUGGAUUGACGGCAAAUAUGAUGGUUUAUUUGAUGAGAGAAUUUGAGAUGGAGCAGGUGGAGGCAGCAAAUAUUCUGAACGUCUGGAAUGGCGCGAGCAACGUUUUUCCUCUUAUUGGGGCUUUCUUUGCCGAUGCUUACCUUGGCAAAUUUCUUACCAUUAUUUUGGCCUCUUUUGCAGCUCUUCUGGGCAUGGCAAUAAUCACUCUAACAGCAUCAAUCCCACAACUUAGACCACCAAAAUGCAGCCCAACAAUGGAACAAUUAGACCAAUGCAUUGGCUACACAAAAUCACAAGUCUCGGUCUUGCUUAUUGGCCUAUAUUGGUUAGCCUUAGGGACGGGUGGAAUAAGGCCAUGUACCAUUCCCUUUGGAAUUGAUCAAUUUGAUACUACCUCUGUUGAAGGAAGAAAAGCAACAAACAGUCUCUAUAAUUGGUUCUACACCAUAUUUACACUGACCCUCUUGAUUGCUCAAACCGUCAUCGUUUAUAUCCAGGAUUCUAUUAGCUGGGCUUUCGGUUUUGGGUUACCCACUUUCCUCAUGUUUUGCUCUAUUAUUUUGUUUUUAGCUGGAUCAAAAUUUUAUGUGUAUGAAAAGCCUGAGGGAAGCCUUCUCUCUAGGACUCUUCAAGUUUUUGUUGCGGCCUAUAAGAAACGCCAUCAUAAAGUUCCAAUUGAAGCCAAAUUCUUUGAUCCUCCUCACAAAGAAAAUGAAGUGGCAAAGCUGCCACUUUCCACGCGGCUCAGGUUCUUCAACAAAGCUGCCUUAAUAGUGGACGAUAAUGAUCAAUAUCUAAAGCUAGAUGAUGAACCUUGUCCAAAUCCAUGGAGGCUAUGUAGCAUCCAACAAGUUGAAGAAGUAAAAUGCUUGAUAAAAAUUUUCCCAAUAUGGUCCUCAGGUAUAAUAUGCUUCAUCUCCAUGACAACACAAGGAACAUUUACAGUGUCACAAGCCAUGAAAAUGGAUCUCCACCUCAGGCCCAAGUUUCAAAUCCCACCGGGCUCAGUCAGUGUAAUAUCAUACAUAACAAUAGCUAUAUGGCUACCCUUAUACGACAGCGUUAUAUUGCCCACAAUUAGAAAAAUCACCAAACAUGAAAAAGGAAUCAGUACUCUUCAAAGAAUAGCAAUUGGAAAUGUUUGCUCUAUUCUAUACAUGGUGGUGGCUGGUUUAGUAGAAGGAAAUAGAAGAGCUAUAGCCAUAUCGAAUCCUCGGCCAAGCAGCGUCCCACAGAUGUCGGUUAUGUGGCUGGCUCCUCAGCUAAUCUUGUUGGGAUUUUGCGAAAUUUUCAGUGUAGUUGGACACAUUGAGUUUUACAAUGAUGAAUUUCCUCAUAGCAUGAGAAGCAUUGGGAAUUCUCUACUCUUUCUAAGCAUAGCUGGGGCUAACUAUUUGAGCAGUUUGCUAGUGGAUAUUGUGCACAGAACAACGGCAAAGGAUGGUCAACCUGACUGGUUGACAGAUGAUAUAAAUGAAGGAAGAUUGGAAUAUUUUUACUUCCUAAUUGCUGGACUUGGUGCUCUGAAUUUCAUCUACCUUCUGUUCUGUUCUAAUGGAUAUUGUUACAAGACCACAGUGAAAGUUGACAUAGAGCAAUGCAAUAUUGGUGUCGACCAAGCUUGAUUAUAUGCGAAUAUUGAACAAAAUUUCCAUGGAAAUGAAAGACAAAAAACAGAGUUAUUACCACAUAGAGAGUAUAUUUAUUUUUAAGUGCAUCAUUUUCCUCUCGUAUUUCAUCAAAAUUCUCUUUUUCUUGUGUAUGUGUGUGUGUGUAUAUAUAUAUAUAUAUUUGUUUGUGGUUCAGUUGAGUCUCGGUUUGGGAUACUAGAAAUCUUUUGCAUUGACUUCUAUAAAUAUUCAUGAUUAAUGAUC